AUGGCAGCCGAAAUCAUCGGACUCAAGUUCGAAUACACAGCGUUCAUUGCUGCAACCCGCUAUCAAAACAACGAAGUGACACAACGCAGAAUUUCUCACAACCCUUUUGCUAAAGGGUUCCGGAAGGACGGAAGGAGACAGAUAACGGACGUCAAAAGCGCACUGUUCAGCGAGCCAUCUCCGAAACGUACAUCAUCUGAGAUGUGA